GACCCGGGGUCCUCUCCGCUGAUAACCAACGAGACAGUUACUCGACGUGCGAACUAAGUCUUCUAAAACCAACAGGAUUUCUAUUCUACAAGCUUCACUAUUUACCCAUCCACUAACCCAUCACCCCCUAACCCCAAAAUAAUAUCUCCAAUGGUUGCAGACUGGCCAUACGGCGGGGGCCCCUCUCCCGACCCCCGAAGUCUCAUCGAUGAUGCUGUAGCCGACGUCAUCGCAAUACUACGUCUACUCGAGCUGCCUGAACCCCACGCCUCGCUCCUCUCCUUGGUCUUCCACACCCUGUUCUACGUCAGCAUUUGCGUGUUCGCCAGCUUCGUGUUUUGCAUAAUUCGGCAGUCCGUCUUCAUUACCCUCUUCCGCUCCCUUACCGGCACCGAAACCCGUCGCAACCCCGAGCCCUGGAGCGUAACGCUAUGCAGGCUCGUGGACCCUCACCACUACGAUAACAUCGUCACGCUGUCGUGCUACCUGACCACCUUCGCCGUUUCGCUGUUCCUCCUGGCCGCGUCUGUCGCUGCUAGCUCCAGUUGGAUAGCCGCGUUCGCGUGGGUAAUGAUAUGGUUCUCGUGGCUAUACGCAGGGUGGCGGUACUGCCAGCCCAUGAAGCCGCGAUACACGAGGGAGGACAUCAAGCUCUGGAGCGGAAAGGGCGUGUGGGUUCACACCAUACUCCUAGUGGCCGCCCUCGCUUAUUUCCCAUCAUUGCGUCAGCAGCUCGACGAUGGCAUCGUACGGCUUCAUGAAAGCUGCGGUAACGCCAGCCCGGCGUUUUUGAGAAACAUAGCCCAUGAGAUUAUCUAUAAACUUAACCCUCCGGAGUAUAAGGUGGUCCGGCCUGUGGAGAGGCAGGAAUAUACCUCGUGGAACUAGGUAGGUGGUUGGAUGUGGGUUCUCGUGAGGUUGGGUUUUGCUAAGAAUCUACGUGGUAGAUACAUACGUAAGGUGGGCGAUGUCAUCUGAUUUCC